CGGCCACGCUCUGCCCCCGGGACCGGAACGCAGCUUCCCCGUGGGAACGGCUCCGCUCGCAGCCCUGUGGAAGGAAUCUCGCGGGCCGCCCCCCGCCGGAGACCCCCCACCCGGCCGGAGCGCAGAGGAGGGACAAAAUGGCGCCGCGAUUCAAACGCUGCGCGCUGCGUGCCGGCGGGGGGGCGGCGGGGGGGCGGUGUCCCGGCGGGGUUCACUGCGCCUGCGCCCGGAGUUGCAAGAUGGCGGACAGUGCGGAACUAAAGCAAAUGGUUAUGAGCCUUCGAGUUUCUGAGCUGCAAGUACUUCUGGGCUACGCGGGGAGGAACAAGCACGGCCGGAAACACGAACUUCUCACGAAAGCACUGCAUUUGUUAAAGGCUGGCUGCAGUCCUGCUGUACAAAUGAAAAUCAAAGAACUCUACAGGCGAAGGUUUCCUCAGAAAAUCAUGACACCCGCAGACUUAUCUAUCCCCAGCGUACACUCGAGCUCCAUGCCAGCAUUGUCUCCGUCUACCAUUCCACAGCUCGGUUACGAUGGCCACCCUGCCACAUCACCAUUGCUUCCCGUUUCUCUUCUGGGACCUAAACAUGAACUGGAACUCCCCCAUCUCACAUCUGCGCUCCACCCUGUCCAUCCUGACAUAAAACUUCAGAAAUUACCUUUUUAUGACUUGUUGGAUGAGCUGAUAAAACCUACCAGCCUAGCAUCAGAUAAUAGUCAGCGAUUUCGAGAAACCUGCUUUGCAUUUGCACUGACGCCACAACAAGUGCAGCAAAUCAGCAGUUCAAUGGAUAUUUCUGGGACCAAAUGUGACUUCACAGUACAGGUCCAGCUAAGGUUUUGUUUAUCAGAAACCAGUUGUCCACAAGAAGAUCACUUCCCACCCAAUCUGUGUGUGAAAGUAAAUGGGAAACCAUGCAGCCUUCCAGGCUAUCUUCCACCAACCAAAAACGGUGUUGAACCAAAGCGACCUAGCCGACCAAUCAACAUUACCUCACUCGUCAGAUUGUCCACCACGGUACCAAACACAAUCGUCGUUUCAUGGACUGCAGAAAUUGGGAGAAACUAUUCCAUGGCAGUCUAUCUGGUAAAGCAGCUGUCCUCGACGGUGUUGCUGCAGAGGUUGCGAGCGAAAGGAAUACGGAACCCUGACCAUUCUAGAGCACUGAUUAAAGAGAAGCUGACUGCGGAUCCAGACAGCGAAAUAGCAACAACGAGCUUAAGAGUUUCUCUCCUCUGUCCACUUGGUAAAAUGCGGCUGACUAUACCGUGUAGAGCCCUGACUUGUUCACACCUGCAGUGUUUUGAUGCCACUCUGUAUAUUCAAAUGAACGAAAAGAAACCAACCUGGGUUUGCCCUGUGUGUGACAAGAAGGCUCCCUACGAGCAUCUCAUUAUUGAUGGGUUAUUCAUGGAAAUCCUGAAGUAUUGUACAGACUGUGAUGAAAUUCAGUUUAAGGAGGAUGGCUCAUGGGCUCCCAUGAGGUCGAAGAAGGAAGUACAGGAAGUAACUGCAUCUUACAACGGAGUCGAUGGAUGCAUAAGCUCUUCCUUGGAACACCAGGUGUCUUCUCACCAACAGUCAAAUAAGAACAAGAAAGUAGAAGUGAUUGAUUUAACCAUUGAUAGCUCAUCAGAUGAAGAGGAGGAAGAACCACCUGCAAAGAGAAGCUGUCCUUCCAUAUCUCCAGCAUCCCCAUUGAACAAUAAAGGUAUCUUAAAUUUACCCCAUCAAGCAUCUCCUGUGUCAAGAACACCAAGCCUUCCUGCUGUUGACACCAGCUACAUCAAUCCAUCACUUAUCCAGGACUAUAGGCAUCCAUUCCAUAUGACACCUAUGCCUUAUGACUUGCAAGGUUUAGAUUUCUUCCCUUUCCUGUCAGGAGACAAUCAGCAUUACAACACAUCCCUUCUUGCCGCAGCAGCCGCGGCGGUUUCCGCAUCAGAUGAUCAAGAACUCUUACACUCUCGUUUUUUCCCAUACACUUCAUCUCAGAUGUUUCUCGAUCAGCUAAAUGCAGGAGGAAGCAGUUCUCUGCCAGCCACAAAUGGUAGCAAUAGUGGCAGUAACAGCAGUCUUGUUUCCUCCAACAGCCUGCGAGAGAAUCAUGGUCAUCCAGUUGCAAGUAGGAGCAGCACGGACACGGCGUCAAUCUUUGGUAUCAUACCAGACAUUAUUUCAUUGGACUGAUCUUUUGUUUUUUCUUUGUUGGAGUAAAUGAACUUGUCAGAGGAAA